GGAGCCGGCUGACAAGAAGGAAGCAACAGUGACAGGUGGACAAUGGAAACUUUCUCUAUACUUCUGGAUGAUGUGAAUACACACAGUUUAUAGAGACUGACUCAGAAAAAAAAGGGGUCUCCUGGCAAAGUCUGUGCCCAGGAAUGAUGCCUCUUUUCUGGGUAGCGCUUUGGUCAACGCUCCCUCCUCUGGCUCUCUUCUGUGGUCCAGACUGUUGUACCGUCCACGAGAGCAGCAGCUUACAGAAUGUGUCUCCGCUGCUGAAAUCCUUACAGUGCCACAACGACCACGAGUCCCAUGUCCACUGCAGGUGGAGGGAACACGGAAACACAACGCUGCAGCUCUGGUUCAAGACACAACACAGCAGGAAGCAGUGUGUGCCAUAUGGUGCUGAAGAUGCGAGUGAGCACGGGACUGUCCAGUGUCGAUAUGAAACCCGUGCAUUUUCCAUUGGCAUCAAACACACUGUCUUCUUCCUCAAGAACGACACACUGUGCUCAUCUGCCCCACACACACCUCUGGAUCUUUCUCAGCACUUGAGAGCCCGCUCCCCAGUGAAUCUGUCCACACAUGAUGGAGGUGAUGGAGGCAGACGGCUCAGUUGGUCCAGCCCGUACCCGUCCUCCUCCUCCCUGAACAAAAACCUCACAUAUGAGCUCAGCUACAGGACAGACGGACAGGACAACUGGACGUCUGAGGGCGUCACAAGCACAAGUGUGAAACUAGAGAAGCGGUUGUUGCUUCCGGGUCACAAGUAUGAAGCCAGGGUGCGGGCCCGGGCCAGCGUGGGACAGUGGAGCGACUGGAGUUCUUUGGUGACCUGGCACACUGAAGAAGACACUGGGCAGUUCCCCAGUUUGCAUUGUGUGCUGGAUGGAGAGACGGAGGUGACGUGUAGCUGGGAGGUGAGCAGAGAAGUGGAUCACUUCAUCACCUACCAGCUGGCAUUUCGACACAACCAGACCUCGCCGUCUGAGAUACGCUGUGUGAACAUAACAGUCAGCUCUGACCUCAGUAGGGCGGUGCAGAGGUACAGCUGCUCCCUGACUGUCGCAGACCCUGCACAUCUGCUCAUAGAGCUCCGACCAGCACGCAAAGCCAAGAGUUUUAAGGUCGACCAGCACAUUCGUCCCAAACCACCGCAGCAGGUAAAUGUGAGGCAGAAAAACAGCAACUGGAUGGUGGAAUGGACUGAUCCAAGCACAGCUUCAAAGCUCAGACUGCAUUAUCAGGUCUGCUAUUACAGAGUACAGGAUGAGGCACAAUCUGUCCUGCUAAACCUCUCAGAGGGGUCCAUGUCCCUGAACAUUCUGGGAGCUUCUCUGGCCCCAUCCCAGCGCUACCAGGUAAAGGUCAGAUCGCUGGUCUACCCUCCCCACAAGGGAAUCCCCUCGGAAUGGACCCAUCCUGUGGACUGGACCUCGCUUGAGGCCACCUGGUCGCUAACAACCCCCGUCUACAUCAUCAUCAGUGUGUUUGUGACCGCAGUCUCCCUCACUCUCUACUACACCGUUCCAGCUUGUCAGAGGAGGGCGGUUCUGUGGGUGGACUCAGUUCCUUCUCCAGCCAAAAGCAAAAUGCUGUGUGAGAUCAAGUCUGCCACCGGCUGGACCUUCAUGCAGAGUGAGAGCACGACCAUCUGCAAAGUGCUGUCUUUGGGCAGUGAAUGGAUAUGCUCCUCAGAUGCUUUGCUGUGGCCAACUAAGGACACUGAAAAACAGCGUCUGCAGGACGAGGGCAUUUGGAAGUGUGAUAACAUGCUCCCCCCUGCUGAGAAUGUUACCAGCCCUGAAACAUCCUCCAUGAGCUUCAGCGGGCCGUACAUCUUCUGUCAGUCAUCAGAGUCAAGCCACACAUCAGCAGAUGUCAUGUGUGAAGAGGAAGAGAGGGAACAUGAAACCCUGUCAGAUGACUCUGCAUCUCCUUCCCCGCUGAACUUUGCCCUUUACGGGAAAGGUUAUGUGUGUCUGCCCAGCCUCAACGUCUCCAGGUCCACACAGGAUCUUGUAUCUCACAGCGACACAAACACACACAGGCCCGACGGCACCGAGCAGGACCAGCAGUGUCCAGAUAAGACGGACGUCCAGCGAGGCCUCAGCGAGCCCACCAGCAGCCACCAACCUCCCGCCUCAGGAGCUUUUACUUCCUGGCCUCAAGGAGGCAUCACGCAGGCCUCGGGGUACUACCACCUCCCCGCAGCAAAGUGACCUGAAGGACCUAAAAGGCUUUCUCAGCAGAUUCAACAAUUAAUUAACGGAUGAUUCUUUGUUUUUUUUAUAAGCUUUCCACUUUAUUGUAAGCAACAUAUGCCUAUAUGUUGAAACAAUUCAAUCAUGUGUAUUAAUGAACGGGUUUGUACAUUUUUGCUUGGUUUUAUGUUUUCUCUGACCUAACAUCAGGUUGGAUGUCUGACCAAUGGAGGGCAGUAGUGAGCUGAGCCUGUGAGUGCAAUGCAAGUAAAUCUAAGGGAUGGACUUCAGUGGUAAACAAAAUAAUGAUGUCUUUUUGAGCUUUUUUAAGGAAAUGUCCUUAGAGUCUGGGUCAGAAUGACAUAACAUUGCAAGCACCAUUGCAAGCUAAUGCAAUGCAAUACAACAGCCCUGCUUAAAGCUACAUUUGUGUAGUUUUAAAUUAAGGUCAGAGAGAUUGUCAGUUUCUCUAGAAAACAUCACAUCAUUCACUUCCUUUUUCCUUUUAUUUGUAUUACUUCCUUAAAUGCUCUGUCUCUCUCUCUCUCAGCUGAAGAGAGAUGCAGAUUUGUCAACUGCAUUUCAUGAGAAAAGUGUGCAAGUUUGCUGUGGUCGUGUAUGCAUGUUUGCACAAAGGUGUGCGAGUUAGGACCUUGUUGGUAAUGUUGUAGCCUAUGUGCUGCUGAAUGUAUAUUUACAUUAGCCUAUGUUAUCUACAUGCUGACGUGCUGGUUAUGUCAACUUGUGUGGCACUGUCAUUGCGUGCAAGUUUUUAGUUAACGACUGAGGCCUGCAGAGCAAACAUUAAAUGACAAUGUACUGAAAAAAUGUUAAAUGUUAAUACAUGUGACUUUCCAUGUUCUUCGGUUCAGUACAGCAAUGGCUUAUGUUGAUGUCAGUUGUUGAGCACAAUUGAGUGAAAUAAUGUAACGUUGCAAUGUUGGCUGCACUUUUUUAUUGUUAUAAUAAUUUAAACUUGUAAAAAUCUGUGUCUGUUUUAUGAAUGGCUUACACACGACUUCUCACCACACGCAAACAUAGACUACGGUUUAAAGUGUUCUGCCUAGCAAACAGUGUAACAUACACUAAGUAGCCAGUGUAUAUGGUAGGCUACACCUAGCUAAAACUAAUGCAGUCUGAUACAACAGUAAUAAAUCCUACCUUCAUGAA